AUGGUCAAGCGCACUCGCCAGGCUUCGUCGGAUGGCAAGCCAACAUCACCACAGAGGCCGUCGAACAAGCCUCGACAGAGUGCACAGACCGCCACGAACGGGAAAGCACGUGCAGACAGCGCGAUAGAAAUAGUAGACGACGCUAUUGAGAUCAAUGCCAUGAUAGCAGCAUUCGGGCGCAGUAGUGGCGAGGGAGAUGACGUGACCUUACUCCUCGAUCCGGGCAGGGUAUACAGUUUGGCGACGCCCAUUCGUUCGUACAGAGACGACUUCACGUUGAGCACGCGGGGGGGAGAGCCGCGAGCGCAUCUCAAGACAGUCGGCAAGAACGGCCGAGCUUUCUCGACCUACUGCGUCUUCUCUGUCAAACUGUCUCACCUCGUCUUUGAGGAUGCUAGUGACGGAGGAGCGACGUACGGGAGUCUGCUUCGACUGUGCAAAGUACAAGGAUUCGACCUGAACGACUGCGACUUUGUCAAUCCGGCCUGGAGAGCGAUUGAUUGCGAUGAGGUCAUCGAUGCUCGCAUCAAGGAUUGCACAGUCAAGUGCAAGAUCGACCGGCCGUCCUAUGGCUUGCAGCUCGACAGUUGCACUGGCAUGAGCAUUCGCGAUCUGACUAUCACUGACGCCGCCCUGGGGGGCAUCGACAUCCGCCUCACUCGUUUCACUUCCAUCUUCCACAACGUCAUCGAAGCAGAGACGGGACGAAUCGCUUUUGGAAUGAAAAUCCAGAAUGUCGAAGGGCGUGCCAAUGAUUGCACCGGUCUGACGAUCGUCGACAACGACGUCACUGCAGGCGAAAAAGGCUACGUCAGUGCGGCAUACAUGAUCGGUAUGCCGACACCUGAUUAUCGCAAGGAGGCUGCCAAAAGCGAUCCUGACAAAGAUCACGACGACGAAGGAACCGGGCACCUCGUUGGCGUCAGCUUUACCAACAAUUCGGUCGGUCCCGGAAAGAUUGGCUAUGGCGUGGCGACUGGCCACCUGGGGGAACGUACGCAAAUCACCGGCACCUGUUUCCAAGGGCAAUGGGCGGGCAGGUCACCCAGUGCCAAUCUGACCCAUCCGUGGUCUCUUAUACGUCCUAUUGAGGACAAGGAUCAUUAUUAUGAUGGAGAGGGCGAUCCUGUCUGCGAAUCUGAAGCUUUCAUACGGUAUUACGGCUUAGAGUCCGGCUGGCCCCAGCCAGAUGAAAUCUAUGACAUCCAACCGCUCCCAUUGAGCUUCACUCCGGAGAUCAUAAUCCUCUUCAGUGCACCUGCGCCUCGUUUUAACAGCGUCAGUCAGACUAUCAUGGGCGAUGUCAAAUUCUCGCUAACGGACGAGCGACUGAAAAUCGAGAAAAAUGCUGUCGAAGUAUGGACUUGGGCAAGAGAAGAUCUCCCGCCAGCUCAGUGGAGCAAAAAGGACGACUAUUACUAUGACUAUAUCGAUGAAGACGAAGAAGAAGAAGACAACGGAAAGAUAAAAGCAGAAGAAGAAGAAGAAGAGGAAAAGGCAAAGAACGAAGAAGAAGAAGAAGAGGGAAAGGUGAAAGAAGAAGAAAAUGAUGGCUCCGAUUCUGCAGAUCCCGACUUGCACUGGCCGGGCGCCGUACCUGACCGUGAGAUCCGCAUGCGGUUCUACGCGCUCACGCUCGAGCGACAACUGAUGAUAAAACAUGCCAACGAUGCAGCCAUCAUAUGGGAUCCAGAUAUGUUUCGCCACCCGAAGCGAACGCGCCUGGAGUGGGAUCCAGACCUGAUGGCCGUUCUGUCCGGUACAGAGCCUUAUCUGUCAGUCACGCAACUUGAUCUCAAAAACAUUCUCUUUGCCGCAUCACCCGUCUUUCCCGGCCCCUUCGUAAUCGAGUCCCGCCUACCCAUGUCAGCCUAUCUUGACAAGAGCCACAUGAUCGCAUUCGGUCUAUGGCGAGGCAGACUCGAAUUGCGCGUUCUCGAUCUCACAAAGAAAUCAGCAAGAGCUGCUACAGCUCCGGUCCGCUGGCAGAGCGAUAACGAGAUCAUAGAAGAUGAUUUGAAAGCCGAGAGAUGUACGGCCGAGCUGCAAGAAGACGGUAAUCUCGUCAUUCUUAAUGUCCACAGCGAUGUAAUCUGGCAAUCCGGUACGGCCGAUCGCACACCCCCGGUCACGCAACUGAGGAUCACCGAGUCUCAUGCUGUUCAGCUCUGCGAGGCCUCGGGCGAAAUUGCUUGGAGCUCGAGCUACACAAUAUCGGGAAUGAUCGCCGGUGGGCGCGAUGAUAUCCUCGUCGAGGGCAUUGAGAUGCUACUACUGGGCAAGUCACAUGCAUUUGGCGGCGCGGACGUGGUGUGCGCCAGUCCGGCAACCGUCGCGCCGUCUGCCAAGCUCACCUGUGCCCCUAUGACAAUCAAGGACAACCUCAGCAACAUCGUCGGUGAAGGCGAGCAGUCGCGACUCGACGCGAUGAGGUCAUUCGCUCUUUCGUCGUCGUCGCAAACAUGUCGGCUCAAGAGGAUCGAUCAGCGGCAAUCGCGCCAAGUUCAGCUGAUCUUGGAGCGACAGAGCGAAGCGGCAGAGCAUGACAAGGGGCAGAAGAUAGUCGACAACACGGGCGACCCCGAGUCUGCGCGAGAUCGUCAAGAAGAAGACGACGAAGAGUUCAAGAAGCGUGCAGAUGCGUCAAUGUUGAUGGGGAGGAUUGCCGGACAGGGCAACAAGGACAAGAACGUAUUGCAAAAGGCAAACGACUAUUUGGCAGAGACGACGAUUGGUUUCUGA